CCAGGACCCGGACAACUAGCCGCCACUAGCUCCCCGUUCCACCGGGCGCGACUCGACCUAGCCUGGGCUUUUCUGGCACCCAAACCCAACUCGUUGGUAACCUCCCAUAGCGCUGGGCGCGUUCCCCACAUUCGCACAGACGCUACCAACAUCCCGGCUCCGUCUGGCUGCCGCUGCACGCUGUCAUCAUCGGUGUCGCCCAACCAGGUCCCUGCGGCUCGUCCCAACUGCCGCCAAAUCCCGCCGCGCCGUGGAGGACUCGGUUAUCGCUAGUUAUCCUUCCUUCCGGUCUUGCAGGCUUGUGAUCUGUUGUCGACGACAACACUACCUGCCUACCAGCUGCUCCUUGCCCGCAUUGGCAUUGGCUCUACAUGCGUCAUGCUUCCCCCGCCCCCCGUUGCACAGGUCUCGGCCGCCGCGCCGGCCCACGGCGAGGUCAAGAUCAUCACGGAUGACCUGGAGACUCCCGCCGUGGAUGAUCGCUCCUACCGGGUCAUCCUCCUCCCUAACCAGCUCGAGGUCCUUCUGGUCCAUGAUCCCGAGACGGACAAGGCGAGUGCGGCCAUGGAUGUCAACGUUGGAAGCUUCAGCGACGAGGACAGCAUGCCGGGAAUGGCUCAUGCGGUCGAACAUCUCCUAUUCAUGGGCAACAAGAAAUACCCCGCGGAGAAUGCCUACCAUCAGUUCAUAUCGGCCCAUUCCGGGCUGACCAACGCCUAUACGGCGUCAACUUCCACCAACUAUCACUUCGAGGUUUCUGCCAAGCCUAGCAACGAUGAGGAGCCCUCGGCCACCAACCCGUCGCCGCUGCGUGGGGCCCUGGACCGGUUCGCCCAGUUCUUCAUCGCGCCGCUGUUCCUCGAAAAUACGCUGGACCGCGAGCUGCGCGCGGUAGACUCCGAGAACAAGAAGAACCUGCAGAGCGACCAGUGGCGCUUGCACCAGCUCAAGAAAUCCUUGUCCAACCCCAAGCACCCGUUCUGUCAUUUCUCCACGGGCAACCUGGAGACUCUGAAGACGCAGCCCGAGGCCCAGGGGAUCAACGUGCGCGACAAGUUCAUCGAGUUCUACGAGAAGCAUUACUCGGCCAACCGGAUGAAGCUUUGCAUUCUCGGAAGGGAGCCAUUGGAUGUCCUGCAGUCUUGGGCCAUCGAGUUCUUCUCGUCGGUGGAGAACAAGAACCUGCCGCCCAGCAGAUGGGUCGAAGAGGUCCCCUUCACCGAGCAUCAGCUUGGAACCCAGGUCUUCGCGAAGCCCGUGAUGGAUACGCGAGAACUGAGCCUCAUUUUCCCCUUCAUCGAGCAAGAUCACCUCUACGACUCGCAGCCCAGUCGGUACAUUGGCCACCUCAUUGGCCACGAAGGCCCCGGCAGCAUCAUGUCGUACAUCAAGUCCAAGGGCUGGGCCAACGGCCUCUACGCGGGAGCGUGGCCCGUCAGCCCAGGCACUCCAGAUAUUUUCGAGUGUCAGAUUACGUUAACAGAAGAGGGACUCAAAAAUUACAAGGAGGUUGUCAAGGUCGUGUUCGAGUACAUCGCCCUCCUCCGAGAAACGGAGCCGCAGGAAUGGAUCUUCGAAGAGCAGAAGGGUCUGGCCGAGGUCAACUUCAGGUUCCGAGAGAAGACGCAGUCGUACCGCUUCACCAGCAAGCUAAGCUCGUUCAUGCACAAGCCGCUGCCGCGCGAGUACUUGCUAAGCGGGUACAGCCUGCUGCGCAAGUUUGACCCGGAGGUGAUCAAGGAAGGCCUCGCGUGCCUGCGACCCGACAACUUCCGCAUGACGAUCGUCUCACGCGACGUUCCGGGAACGUGGGAACACAAGGAGAAGUGGUACGGCACCGAGUACACUUGCCAACCGAUCCCGGCCGAGCUCAUGGACGAGAUCAAGAAGGCGGCAGCUAGCAGCCCAGAGACUCGGACCGCUAAGCUCCAUCUUCCGCACAGAAAUCAGUUCGUCCCGACCAAGUUGGAAGUUGAGAAAAAGGACGUCAAAGAGCCCGCACUGGCGCCCCGUAUCAUCCGCAAUGACCCGCUUAUCCGGACCUGGUUCAAAAAGGACGACACUUUCUGGGUUCCAAAGGCAACCCUCGUCAUCAGCUGUCGGAGCCCAGUGGCCACCGCCUCGGCGGCCAGCCGGGUAAAGUCGCGCCUCUUUACCGACCUUGUCAAGGACGCGCUAGAGGAAUACUCGUACGACGCCGAGCUGGCUGGCUUGGAAUACACCGUCACUCUCGACUCGCGGGGGCUGUACGUCGAGGUUUCGGGCUACAACGACAAGCUCCCGGUCCUCUUGCAGCGCGUGCUCGUCACUACACGCGAUCUCGAGAUCCGUGAUGACCGGUUUGCCAUCAUCAAGGAACGCAUCAGCAGAGGCUAUCGAAACUGGGAGCUCUCUCCGCCGUGGACCCAAAUCGGGGACUAUAUGUCCUGGCUGACCGUCGACCAGGCCUUUGUCGUCGAGGAACUCGAGGCCGAGUUGCCUCACAUCACCGCCGAUGCGGUCCGUGUGUUCCAAAAGGAGCUGCUCGCCCAGACGCACAUGGAGGUGCUUGUCCAUGGGAAUAUCUACAAGGAAGACGCCCUCAGGCUGACGGACAUGAUCGAGUCGACGCUGAAGCCCCGGGCGCUCCCCAAAGCGCAAUGGAAGAUCCGGCGCGGACUGGGUCUUCCGCCCGGGUCCAACUACAUCUGGAAAAAGAAACUCAAGGACCCGGCCAACGUCAACCACUGCAUCCAGUACUUCCUCCACGUUGGGUAUAGGGGCGACUACAAUGUCAGGGCAAAGGUGUUGCUCCUGGACCAGAUUGUGCACGAGCCGUGCUUCAAUCAGCUCCGGACCAAGGAACAGCUGGGAUACAUUGUGUAUUCGGGCACCUGGACUAACGUCACGGAGUACGGCUUCUACUUCGUCGUCCAGAGCGAAAAGACGGCGCCGUACCUGGAAACGCGGAUUGAGGAGUUCCUGAAGACUGUGGCUCAGACGCUUGAGGAGAUGAGCGAGGCCGAGUUUGAGAGCAAUAAACGCAGCAUCAUCGACAAGCGGCUCGAAAGGCUCAAGUACAUGGAGCAAGAGAGCAAUAGGCACUGGAGCCACAUCCACUCGGAGUUAUAUGCCUUCGAUAAUGCCCAGCAGGAUGCAGCGCACAUUAAGCCGCUCACCAAGGCGGACAUGAUCGACUUCUUCAACCAUUACAUUCACCCGUGCUCGCCGUCGCGGGCCAAGUUGGCUGUCUACCUGGAAGCGCAGGCCAAGAGCGAUGUUUCGACGAAGCAGAUAACCGAGCUGAUCAAGACGCUGGAGCUGGAGCCGGCUGCUGCCGCCAAAGCGGCGACCGAUUUGCAGUCCCGGCUGAGCGCGGCGGGCCACGACGUUGAAAAGGAAGUUGCCGGGCUUAGAGACGCGCUGCUCCACGACUACAAGGUGCCGGAGGGUAAAGUCGACGCGGCCGCCGAAGAAUGGAAGAAGAUCCACGCCGAGCAUGGGCCGGGCAGCGACGUGGUCAAGGACGCCGUCCCGCCGUCGUCGAACGGGACUCGGCCCGUCUUCAUCGACGAUGUCCAAGCCUUCAGGGCCAGUCUGCCCGCGAGCCACGGUGCACGGCCUGUGACGGACCUCGCCGAAUUCGAGGAUUUGGAAGCAAAGCUUUGAAUUUUCUUGAAUCUGGUCUGGGGUGUACGCGAGUAGAAACCGGAGAGCCGAGGGAAU